AUGCAAUCACCCGCGAGCAGCAUCCAAUCCCCUCGGCCCCAGGGGAGACCCCCCGCACAGCCGCAAGUGCCCUUCGACAAGGAACUGAUGGCCUCACUUCACGUCCUCCUCAACCAGCUGAAUGAGGUCGAGCGCCAGGGGCUCGUCAUGUUCCACAAGAUUGAGGAGUCCUUCAAGCACCCAUAUUCCCAGCAUGAAGCCAUCGCCGACACAGCAAACCUGUUGACACAACUCGACACCCUGGCGACCCAGGCAAAGACCACUGGCUUUGGCGCCCUGACCAUGCUCCCAACCUCCCCAACCGUCGUCUCCACUCCCUCGGCCUCAACAACUUUCGUCGCCGGAACUCCCAAACCGUCCUUCAUGUCCCCACGCAUGCAAAACCAUAUUCACAGCAACCACCACCAUAAUACCGCCUCUUCCUCCAGCAAUAACAAUACCACUAACAAUAUUACAAAUGUCGCCGCCGGAUCGACAAAUAGCUCGAACCUCGAUAUACAAAUGCUAUCCCCGGGAGCACCUACCAGUCUCGUCGCCACACCCGCGGGCUCCACGCCUCUACCUGUGCCUUCAAUACCCUCCACAACUGCAUCAUUAUCAAAUACCAAUACGAUGUCAUCCACAACCGCAUUAUCACCCAUCCCGAUCUUCGACACCCUUAUGUCUUCUGACUCUUCUUCAGCAACAGCAUUACCAGGAACGAUAGGAGCAGGAGCGACCAUCCCAGCCAGCACCGGUGCCCCUGCAGGCGAUCCCGCAUCAUUACCAGCAUCAGUAUCCACACCCAUGAACCCCGCCACACCCGCGACACCUUCGGCAACCAUGUCCGUCAUCCCAACCGUCGCCCUCGCUCAGAUGAUGGACGCGAGGCAAAAGGAUGUCACAGCACUUUAUGCCGAGAAACGGAGACUCAAGAUCAACCUCAACAUUGCUGCUCGUCAAAGCAAGCCCUAG